UGGGGGCUGGCGGAGGACGCUUCCCGAGGGCGCGCGGAGCCGGCUCGGUGACAGACACGCGCGCACGCGUGCGCUCCCGACUGCUGCGCGGCCCCGCGACCCCCGUCGGGCCGCUGAGAGGCGCGCGUUGUCCUCGCCGCAGCCGUCUAGGAUUCCAGUCCCCGGCGUCCCCAGCCCGAGUUCCCGAGCGCCGGGCCGCGCCUGCUCCUGUCCGUGUCGCGUCCCCGCUGCCGUCAGAGACUGUCCCUUAAGUCGUCUCUCCGCACCGGGGGCCGGGUCCUCGCGGCCCAUGGUGGCCGCUGGGGACCCACGCAGCGCAGGUCUGUCCCAGGCCGGCCGGCCGGCCACCAUGGUGUCCCUGAGGCCUGUGCAGCUUCUCCAGGGAGGCUAAAAGACCUGGGUGUGAGGGGGUCCCCGGCCAGAACCCUGCGCCAUGGCCGGAGCCAUCGCUUCCCGCAUGAGCUUCAGCUCGCUGAAGAGGAAGCAGCCCAAGACGUUUACGGUGCGGAUCGUCACCAUGGACGCCGAGAUGGAGUUCAACUGCGAGAUGAAAUGGAAAGGGAAGGACCUGUUUGAUUUGGUGUGCCGGACGCUGGGGCUUCGGGAAACCUGGUUCUUUGGACUGCAGUACACAAUCAAGGACACUGUGGCCUGGCUCAAAAUGGACAAGAAGGUGUUGGAUCAUGAUGUUUCAAAGGAAGAACCAGUUACCUUUCACUUCCUGGCCAAAUUUUAUCCUGAAAAUGCUGAGGAGGAAUUAGUUCAAGAGAUCACGCAACACUUAUUUUUCUUACAGGUGAAGAAGCAGAUUUUGGAUGAAAAAGUCUACUGCCCUCCUGAGGCUUCAGUGCUCUUGGCUUCCUAUGCUGUCCAAGCCAAGUAUGGUGACUAUGACCCCUCUGUGCAUAAGCGAGGAUUUUUAGCCCAAGAGGAAUUGCUUCCAAAAAGGGUGAUAAAUCUAUAUCAGAUGACUCCGGAAAUGUGGGAGGAGAGAAUUACUGCUUGGUAUGCAGAGCACCGGGGCAGAGCCAGGGAUGAAGCUGAAAUGGAGUAUUUGAAGAUAGCUCAGGACCUGGAGAUGUACGGUGUGAACUACUUUGCAAUCCGGAAUAAAAAGGGCACAGAGUUGCUGCUUGGAGUGGAUGCUCUAGGACUUCAUAUCUAUGACCCAGAGAACAGGCUGACCCCCAAGAUCUCCUUCCCAUGGAAUGAAAUCCGAAACAUCUCCUACAGCGACAAGGAGUUUACUAUUAAGCCGCUGGAUAAGAAAAUUGAUGUUUUCAAAUUUAACUCCUCAAAGCUUCGUGUUAAUAAACUGAUUCUCCAGCUAUGUAUUGGGAACCAUGACCUAUUUAUGAGGAGAAGGAAGGCUGACUCUUUAGAAGUUCAGCAGAUGAAAGCCCAGGCCAGAGAAGAGAAGGCGAGAAAGCAGAUGGAGCGUCAGCGGCUGGCUCGAGAGAAGCAGAUGCGGGAGGAGGCUGAGCGCACAAGGGAUGAGUUAGAGAGGAGGCUUCUGCAGAUGAAAGAAGAAGCAGCGAUGGCCAAUGAAGCUCUGAUGCGGUCUGAGGAAACAGCUGACCUGUUGGCUGAAAAGGCACAGAUUACGGAGGAGGAGGCCAAGCUUCUGGCACAAAAGGCUGCAGAGGCUGAGCAGGAGAUGCAGCGAAUCAAGGCCACAGCCAUUCGGACAGAGGAGGAGAAGCGCCUGAUGGAGCAGAAGGUGCUGGAGGCUGAAGUGCUGGCCCUGAAGAUGGCCGAGGAGUCAGAGAGGAGAGCCAAAGAGGCAGAUCAGCUAAAGCAAGACCUUCAGGAAGCCCGGGAAGCAGAGCGAAGAGCCAAGCAGAAGCUCAUGGAGAUCGCCACCAAGCCCACAUAUCCACCUGUGAACCCAAUCCCGGCCCCACUGCCUCCUGACAUACCAAGCUUCAACAUCAUUGGUGACAGCCUGUCAUUCGACUUCAAGGAUACUGACAUGAAGAGACUUUCCAUGGAGAUAGAGAAAGAAAAAGUGGAGUACAUGGAGAAGAGCAAGCAUCUGCAAGAGCAGCUCAAUGAACUCAAGACAGAGAUUGAGGCCUUGAAACUCAAAGAGAGGGAGACAGCCUUGGAUAUCCUACACAACGAGAACUCAGACAGGGGCGGCACCAGCAGCAAGCACAAUACCAUUAAAAAGCUCACUCUGCAGAGCGCCAAGUCCCGAGUGGCCUUCUUUGAAGAACUCUAGCGGUGACCCAGCCUCCUCAGGAUCUGCCACUUUUGCUGCUCCUGACAGCGACGGGAUGGGCCUGGCCCCAUGGGAGCCAUCAACAGCGGACUGGCUUGUUUGGGAACUCUGAAUAGAGGGCCUCAUCCCCUUCGUGUGCGGUUGGUUUUGAACUCUGGCCCUGUAGAGAGCUCUCAAGAUGUUCUAGUUCUCCUGGCCUGCAUCUUUCUUUUCUUUGUGUUUUUUCUUUGAGAAGUAUUUGUUGUUGUGCAUGGAUGCCAUCCUUCCUACGUCCUAGGCAUUGUGGAGCAAGUGUCCCAGUGCCUGCUACUCACUCCAGAGCCUGGUUUGGGAAGUGGCUUUAGGAGUCCAGUGUGGAGGCUGCCUAAAAUCUACCAUGCUGGUGCCACCCACUCCCCCACAGGGAGGACCUGACAUGGUGCAGAAGCUUGACCAGGCUGAGCCUAGAGCCAACAGUGACGGUUCAUUAGCCAGGCUCCCGAGACAGUGUUGUAGCUGUCUGAUGGCAGGAAGCAGGCUGAAGACAGAAGCUGUGACGAGAGCUGCUGGCUAGCUGGAGGACUAGGAGGCGAGUGGAGCCCACGUGGGAUCUGAUGGCACGUGUGUACAUGACUCCUUCAGGUGCAGUCACUUGCCUGGGGUAUGCCAGGGGUUUCCUGGUCCCAUUCCCACCAGGGCCUCCAUUAUCCCAUUGAGCACAUGGAACUCCAGAGCCCUGCUCCUAUCCCAUCAUAUUCUUCACAGCUCUCGCUAAUCCCUGGACCCCACUGCCCUUGUCUUCCCUGAGAGCCCUUCUUUCCCUCACCUGGCUGGGUGUCCGCUCACAGUUCUGUGGUCUCAUGGGUUAACCCUAUGGGUUGUCUCCAUGCUGGGCAGCAAAUGCAUACCAUGUGGCUCACACUCCGUGAUUGGGUCUACCUUCUUUGUAAUGGGUGUCACUCCCGUGGCCAGUCAAGGCCCUUCAGGUCCUAACAGAGCCGGUGAUGUGCCUCAGUCCAUGAAAAGAUGUGUGUGAACUCAAGAAGCUGGGUUGAGGGACUAGGAGCAAAGGAGCGCUCCACGGUACAAUUUGGUUUUGAGAAACUGAGGUACACUACCUUGUUCCCACUGACUGGCUGCUCCUUCGGCCGCUUUGCCAUAGUAGCCACCCCAGCUCCUUGGACACCUAGGUUAGGACUCUAGUCUGGGACCUAAGGCAAAGUCCUCCGCACUUGCCACUCUGCCAUUUGCCAAGUCUGCCCUGGCUCUCAUGUUGAGCUGUCUUCUGGAGCUUGAAACCCAUCUCUGACUUCCCUCCAGGCCUGACUUGCUUCCUCUGUAAAUUGAAUCUUUGACAAUGGCUAUGGACACAGGACUAUGAUGCUGGUUUCUAAAAAUUAUGUCAGGCCUUGUUUUUUGUUUUUAUUUUUAUUUAACUACUGUUUGUGUCUCAAAUUUUGGUAAUGCCAAGCUACAUAACCACAUGGGAACCUUGGUAUUUGAGCAGUGGCAGGUGUAACCAUUGCCUUGUAGGUGGGACCUGAAACCCAUUCAGUCAGGAUCACCUCAGCUCCCUUGGAGAGAGAAGCUGGGGUCCUCAGAGUGUCUCCAGCCCCAGUAGGAGGAGGACUGAAAUCUAUGCCCAUUUUGAGUCUGUGGCUUCAUCCUUUCUGGUAGGCGGUUACGAGUCAAGGAGGAUGGUCUCCAAGGAAGUGGGCUCCAGCCCUGAAUGUUUCAUUUCUAGCUGCAAUGACUCUCAUGCAGAGGUACCGCGAUUCCGAAACAGUCACUGCUCAGUGCGGGACACUGAGGCUUUGCUAUUGGCCUGUGGCCACUCUGUAUCCUGUCUAAGGUCAUACCUCAGCCACAACAGCACUCUGAACCCAGGUCACUGCUCAGUUACUCACGUACUAGCCAGGCCUUGCUGGACAGCCCCCGUGGAUACACAUAACACUAUUUGAGUUACUGUUUUAUCAUCUAUAGACAGGGUUCUCUUGCUCCCUCACUUUCAGAAAGGUCCAGAGGCUGACAACCAACAGCAGUGACUAACUGUCCUUGCCAACAGGGCCAGAGGCUCAGAACCCCUGGUGCAAACUGCUUUCAUGGGGAUGGAGGUGGGUGCCCAGCCUCUCCAGGUGCCUUGAGGCCAAGACAGCACAGCGCCCAUGGGCUUCCAUUCCUCUGUUUAUUUUUUAUUAUGGAACCAUUCACUCUUGUUGGGCCCAGAAUAUAGAGCUGUUUUCUAUUUGGGGUGGGGUGAUUGUAAUUUAAGUGAUUGUUUAAAUAAAAAUCCUAAGUGCAA